CGAGGAGGCCAUGGUGACCCUGACCGUGCGCGGCCAGGGGGUGACCAGCAUUGACCACCUGCGUGCGCUCUACCUGCCCAUGGCGCCCGUGCUGGAGGUGGAGGGAGUCGUGAUAGCGGUCAGCAGCCUGUACCUGUGCCGGACUCACGCGGAUGGUGGUCAGAUCCGGUCAUUUCCAUCGAUUACGCUGGUGCACCUAGACGCUACGAAGCUCGAAUCGCCCAUGUGCUCAUCAGCCCGGAGUCAGGCGCAUAGUGCCUUCCAGCAAGGAGCAGCCGCCGUCAUCUUCGACAUAAGCAGUGCACCGGAAAUGGCCAGCGAGCUGUUCACCGGGCAGCGGCAGCCGCAGCUGCCCCGGCCCGUGCUCGUCAUGGCCGACCCGGACGUGCAGAGGCUGGCCGAUGCCAUGCGGCCCGAGGUCAACAUCAGCGCCCGGGUCACGCGCAACCGGCGCCACGGUCAGCCCAGCGCGCCGGCGCCCGCCUUCACAUACUUCGACAUCGCGCUCUUUGUCGUGUUCUUCCUGCUCAUCUGCCUGCUGAGCGGCGUGGUGCUGUACAAGAUCCGCAACCGGCGACAGCGGGACCCAGCGCUGCGGGUGGCCAAGUCGGUGCUGCACCAGAUCCCGACGCGUCGGUACGGCGGCGGGGACGGCGUCGGGGGUGGGUGCCAGGCGGCGCGGCUGGGCCGAUCCGGCUGCUGCUCCGGCUCCUCCCCCGAGCCUUCCGACGGCCACAAGCCGCGACUAGAGGAGCCCGAGGGCUGCACCAUCUGCCUGGACGAGUAUCGACCGGGCCAAGAGCUGCGCGUGCUGCCUUGUCGGCACUGA